AUCCACGACUCACCGGUUGGUUGAACUAGACUGGGAUCGAGUCGUCAUGCCUUUUUCCUCGUCUCCACGCUGUUUCAAUGGACGCCUUCGACUUGUUUCGUAAACUCGGAGCCGGAGCGAAAUUUGAUUUCAAGAGGUUUGGUAAAGAUGCCGAACGAUUUAAGGUGGUGAGAUCUCAAGAGAAAGAUGUAUCUGACCACUAUGGGAUCGACUUUUUCGGGACCGGAACAACCCACGGCAACCAGGAGCAGAGAGCGGAGGAGAAGCAAGACGAGGAGGGAGAGGGAGAUGCUGCUGCAGGGAAAAGGAAACGACAGGAUGAGGAGAAGACUGCAAAGAAGAAGAAAGAUACUCAGGCUGAAGUGGCGUGUGAGGAGACCGAGGGCAUCCUGUGGACCUCCUCUGCAGACAGGAAGUCUAAAGGCUUGAAGGAGGGGAGGGACAGAGACAAGACAUCCAUGAAGAGACUCCAACACCUCCACCAAGAGAAGGUGAACCGUGUCCGUAUGCAACAUCGUAUCAACGUGCAUGGCUGUGACGUGCCUGACCCAGUGUGCACCUUCUCCGAGCUGCAGUCCGAGUACGACCUGAACCCACGCGUCCUCCAGAACCUGUCCGCAGCUGGACUCACCAUACCCACCCCCAUCCAGAUGCAGGCUAUACCCCUGAUGAUGCAUGGUCGUGAGUUGUUGGCGUGUGCUCCGACAGGUUCGGGGAAGACUCUAGCGUUCUGUCUCCCUCUCCUGACACACCUGAAACAGCCUGCUAACCUCGGCAUCAGAGCUCUGGUCAUCUCUCCCACCAGGGAACUGGCCAGCCAGGUACACACAUAUAUAGAAGUGUUUGGUCGUCAUGCCUCAUAAACAAAUCCAUGUCUU